AUGUCAGAACAUAUUGUUGAAGAGCUUCGGUCCUUGAUUGGAAACCCCAAUGCCAUACGAAACAUAGCCAUCCUGGCUCAUGAGGGCCAUGGCAAGUCCACCAUUGUCAACUCGCUUCUCACAGGAGCUGGUAUUGCUCCCCUUUCACAGCCCAGCAACGACCAGACAGAAGACUCCAAAAAUUGCAGACCUGGUACUACCACUAAGCUAGCCGCUUUCUCUCUACCCGCCCGUAUUCGAGGAGUAAACAAAAGCAAGGAACAUGACAGCCAAGACACUGAUAAGUUCAUUGUCAACCUAAUCGACACGCCAGGUCAUGUCGACUUCUUCUCUGAAGUUGCUGCUGCCGUUCGGAUCACUGAUGGCGCAUUACUCGUCAUUGACACCAUCGAGGGAGCUCGACCUCAGACUAAAGCUGCACUAUCUCACGCUCUAGCUGAGCGCGUCAAACCAGUCGUCUUUAUCAACAAGUUCGAUCGCGCUCUCCUAGAUUUCAAGGCUAGAAAGGAAGACGUAUACCAGUCAUUCUCACAAAUCAUCGACUCAGUCAACGCUGAUAUGCCCAUUUCGUCCGAUAACCCCAUGGGAGACAUCCGAGUAUGCCCUACAAAGGGUACCGUCGCUUUCGGCUCUGCUCUGCAUGGGUGGGCUUUCGCCAUUCGUCAAUUUGCCGCCAUGUAUGCUAAAAAGUUUAAUGUUGAUGAAGAUAAAAUGACGAAACGGCUCUGGGGCAACAACUAUUUCAAUCAUUACACAAAGACUUGGACCAAAAAGGACAACCAUGAAGGCCAGCCGCUGGAACGUGCCUUCAAUCAAUUUAUUCUCGAACCCAUCUUCAGGCUGCACUCUGCCGUCUUGAGUUCCAAGACUGCCGACGUUAGCAGAAUUGUUCAAAAGCUAAACAUUCAAUUGACUCCUAAUGAUCUUCAAAAGCAAGGGCUGGACCUGCUUAAAGCUGUCAUGCACUCCUUUAUUCCCGCCAAUGAGGCUCUCUUGGGAAUGGUGAAGUUGCAUCUACCCUCCCCGGUCGCUGCGCAGAAAUACCGCGCCGAAGUCUUAUGCCAAGGGAGUAUGAACAGUGAUGCCGCCAUUGCCAUUCUCAACUGCGAUGCCAAGGCUCCCUUGUUGGUCUAUAUAUCCAAAAUGAUGCCCACCUCUGAAAGGGGCUCAUUUUACGCUCUUGGUCGGAUCUUUUCUGGAACAGCCAGCGCUGGUCUCGCUGUCCAAAUUCGCGGGCCUGGCUAUGUUCAGGGAUGGCGGCUUGACCGCUUUCGCAAUACCAUCCAAGAUCCGCUGGUCAUGAUAGGCACAGAGUUCAAGUCAGUCGGCAAUGUAACAGCAGGGAAUAUAAUCGGCCUAGUCGGAAUAGAUCAGUACCUCCUAAAUUCGGGUGUUGUUACGAGCAGUGAGGCUGCUCCAACCUUCAAGUCGAUGAAACCCCCUGGAUCGUUGAUCCAACGCUCCAUUCAAACAAAGAAUGCCAAAGAUCUGCCCAAAUUAGUUGAAGGACUUCAGAGCCUAUCAAAGAUAGAUGCCGGUGUGCAGACGGCAACUUCAGAGUCCGGUGAGCAAUUCAUCACGGGAACAGGCGAGGUACAUCUCGAACAAUGUGUUAAGUAUCUCAGAGAGUAUACUGCAAUUUCCCUAGUCGUAUCUGACCCUACAGUUCAAUAUCGGGAGACUGUGCAGCAAGAGUCCAGCCAGACUGCUCUAGCAAAGUCCCCGAACAAGCAUAGCCGAAUAUAUAUGAGCGCCGAGCCGUUAGAAGACAGACUAUGUAUAGCUAUUGAGAAUGGUGAGGUACAUCCGUACGGCGAUUUUAAAGCCCGUUCCUCUAAGAUAGCCCGAGAAUUCGGUUGGGAUUACGACGACGCACGAAAAAUUUGGGCAUUUGGUCCGGAGGGUACGGGUGCAAACUUACUCGUUGACCGGACCAAAGCUGUGCAAUAUCUCAACGAGAUAAAAGAUGGUCUCAUUUCGGGAUUCCAGUGGGCUACCCGUGAAGGUCCCAUUGCAGAUGAGCCUAUGCGCUCUAUCCAAUUUAACCUCAUGGAUGUGAUGCUCAUGUCUGAUGCUAUCCAUCGAGGUUCUGGUCAGAUUAUUCCUGCCACUCGACGCGUGGUGUAUGCUUCAACAUUGUUCGCUGAUCCAACUCUACUCGAACCAGCUUGUGUGCUUGACUUGCAAUUUCCGAGCCAAGCUAUCAACAAAGUUCAAAGUAUUAUCACUCGUCGUUGUGGUAACAUCCUUCGUGAGGAGGAACAUCCUCUUACACGGUAUCUCAACAUCACGGCUUCCUUACCGGCGACGGAGUCGUUCGGUCUGUGCGAAGAGCUUAUUGCAAGUGCUGGAACCUCCGUUCCGAACGUGGUGUCGCCGCAUGUAUCCUUUGACCGUUGGCAACUUGUGCCUGGUGGUUCACCACUAGAUUCGACAACGGGGGCUGGGAAGCUUGUGAUGGAUAUUCGCAAGCGCAAGGGUAUCGCGAUUCAGAUUCCAGGAGUUGAGAAAUAUAAUGACAGGCUGUGA